AUGGUUUUCAUCCUGGGGAUCUCGUUCGUUGAGCGAAACUUGGUGAAGAAAUCUUUGGAGUCCUUCUAUGGCUUAGGGAAUCAAGCUUCAACUCGUAUUAUGGCCAAGCACUACAUCCAUCCCACGGCGACUGUCGGUUCCUUGUCACAAAAAACGGUCUCAUCUCUGACCGCUGAGCUUUCCACCAUGCCUUUAGAGACCGAAUUGAAACGAAGGUUGCAGGAUAACAUCGAAAGAAUGAGGACGAUGGGUAGUUACCGGGGAAGGAGGCAUGCGAUGGGCCUGCCAGUAAGAGGACAGAAUACGAAGAGUCAGAUAUCAACGGCCAGGAAACUCAAUCAAGUAAAUAGAAAAGGAUGA